UAAAUAGGAAAUUUUUUUCUCAUUUUUCACUUUUUACUGAUCUUGAACAAACACUCUCCUUUUAUCUGUACGAAACACAAACCGGAACACCUUGGAAAACUCUUCCGGUUCAUUAACUUUCCAAACCGGAACACAUUUGGUAAGUGGUCCGGUUCAGAAAAAUACUUCACGGAACACUUUUGGUUUCUGUUCCGGUGCGUUCGCUUCCAAACCGGAACACAAUUUGGAACUCUUCCGGUUUGUUGCCUAUGAUACCGGAACGCUUUUGAAAUCUGUUCCGGUUUGUUUUCAUCUCCACCGGAACCCUUUUGAAAACUGUUCCGGUUUAGCUCAGUUGCAAACCGGAACCCUUUUUGGAACUGUUCCGGUUUGGUUUUUUUUUAUUUUUUUUUUAAUUUUUUUUUUUUUAAUUUUUUUUUCAGGAAAAUGCGUACACUUGGACCAGACGGGAGACCACAUACCCGCCGCCGCCGCGACGAAGCUGGUUCCUCUAACCCACCACCACAGCCAGUUGGAUAUCCUGGUGGACCAUCAGAUUUAUCUUUACUUGUUCGAUAUCAAGACCAUGUUGCUCGCCGGUUAUGGUACGGAGAGGAAAGAGGCUCUAAAAAGGAGCUUAAAGUUGCUGGGCACGGGACGAAGCUCCAGGAGAGAGUGCCUCAGCAGCUCCCACCUGAGAUUGAGGCUAUCGUGUCUAGGUCAGGUCUGGCUUCUCUUCAGAGAACUAGCCUGACCAAGAUAGACGUUAAUCUCGUCUCAGCAUUUGUGGAGAGGUGGCAUGUUGAGACUUCGUCGUUUCACAUGCCAUUUGGUGAAAUGACGAUUACUUUAGAUGAUGUUGCGUGCCUGCUCCAUUUGCCUAUCAAUGGUAUGUUCUGGUAUCCUGAUGAGCAUGUCACAGAGCAGGUGGCUGUUGAUCUUGGCUGUGAGUUAUUGGGAGUGGAUAGACAUGCCAUGGCUGUACAUGUGUGUUCUUGCAGGGGAGCUUAUUACUCACUGCAGUGGCUGUAUGACAGAUUCGUGCAGUACCGUGCUGCUGGUAGUUGGACUUACGCGACCAGGGCAUAUCUGAUGAUGUUGGUAGGUUCUACCAUUUUUGCGGAUAAGACAUUUACCCUGGUUGAGGCCCGAUAUUUGCUAUUGUUUAGAGAUCUACGUGGGCUUGGUUCAUACAGUUGGGCAUCAGCGGCACUGGCCACUCUUUAUCGCCACCUUGGGGAUGCAUCUAUGUUUAGUUGCAAGCAACUCGGUGGAUAUCCUACUCUUCUACAGUGUUGGAUACAUGAGUACUUUCCUACUCUGGGAAGGAAAGGAGAAAAUUGGCGGUCAGACAACCAAGGGCUUCCGAGGGCGAUGAGAUGGUUCUACAGACAGGGGGCCAUCAAGGUGGAUGCAUAUAGACCGAUAUUGGAUCAGCUGACACCUACAGACGUCAUAUGGCGUCCAUUCGAGGAUCAUCGACCUCAUAUUGCUUUUAACGAGCUAUCUUUAUACAGAGGUUUCCUUGUUUGGGGUGACAUACAUGUGUUGUACUUACCCGAUAGGUGUCUUCGCCAGUUUGGUAUUCGCCAGUAUAUCCCGCCUGCACCUCCUGCUGAUACGCUCAGCAACGAUGAGAUUGCUGUGGAGUGGAUUGGUUAUCACCAGAGCGUGACAGAUGUGAUUAGAGGUACGGAGGCGGUGGGAUACCCUCAUGAGACGGUGGAUGGAUAUUUAGAGUGGUAUUACCGUGUGUCUCAUCCUCAGGUUGUGCCGCCCCCACCUAGUGAGCGUAGAGAGGUUCCAGUUCCUGUCUUUGAUGCAGGACCAGCUGAUCCAGAUUGGGCUCGUGCCUCCACACUGGUUCGCCGUUAUCUCCGGCAGGUAGAGGCCGAGGAGGAUGAUGUCGCGUAUGCUGACUUAUUUGAGGUGUUGCGCAUCGCCGAUGAGCAUUGA